UAUUUCCGCCAAAAGUAAAAAUAUUUUCAAUGUGAUUAUAUUAAGAGGACGUGUAAAAUUCUUACAGUUUUAGUGUAGUUUUUUUUUGAAGAGAUGAUUUAUGUCGUUUUAAUCACCACAACGUUGGUGAUUACACUUUCUUCUUCAACAAAACUCGAUCAAUGUCCUUCAAUAGAUGAAUUCUCUAUUCACUUGCCCCACGAAAAUGAUUGCACGAGAUAUUAUCAAUGCAAAAUGAUUGAAUGUCCACCCAAUUUACAUUUCAACCCUGAAUUAGGAGUUUGUGACUGGCCACAAACUGCGGGAUGUGAACCUGGAACAGGUACAACAACGCAAAGUACAGGUGAUUGUGAUGAUACGACCACCACAUGUGCUGGGGGCACCACAACGGAAUCUGGUGUUGGUGUCAUAUGUCCAGAAAACGGUGUUCAUUUACCACACGAAUCUGACUGUACAAAAUUCUAUAUAUGUGAUUGGGGCAAACCGAUUCUUCAACAAUGUCCCGGUGGACUUCAUUUUAAUCCAUCUCUACAAGUAUGUGAUUGGCCGGCAAACGCGGGUUGUGAAGCAAACGUUGGCAGUAGUACAACACCGAAUGGAAAUGGAGAAGAAACUUCAACACCAAAUGGAAAUAUAGAAGAAACCACAACAUCAUCUGGAAAUGGAGAACAAACUACAACACCAGCUGGAAAUGGAGGCGAAACCACAACAUCAGCUGGAAAUGGAGGAGGUGAAAGUUGUAACGGUAUUGACUGCACAACGGAAUCAGUUACAACACCAAUUGGGGGUGGUGGAAGUACCGGAGGAUGGGAUGGUGUUUGUCCAGAAGAAAAUGGAGAGAACAUAGUAUUAUUACCUCAUGAAACAGACUGCAACAAAUUUUACAAAUGUGAUUGGGGUAAACCAAUUCUUCAGCAAUGUCCAGAUGGACUUCAUUUUAAUCCAUCUUUACAAGUAUGUGAUUGGCCGGCAAAUGCUGGUUGUGAAGUAAACGGUGGCGGUAGUACAACGCCGAAUGGAAAUGGAGAAGAAACUUCAACACCAAAUGGAAAUAUAGAAGAAACCACAACAUCAUCUGGAAAUGGAGAACAAACUACAACACCGGCUGGAAAUGGAGGCGAAACUACAACAUCAUCUGGAAAUGGAGGUGGUGAAAGUUGCAACGGUAUUGAUUGCACAACGGAAUCAGUUACAACACCGAUUGGGGGUGGUGGAAGUACCGGAGGAUGGAAUGGUGUUUGUCCAGAAGGAAAUGGGGAGAACGUAGUAUUAUUACCUCAUGAAACAGACUGUAAUCAAUUUUACAAAUGUGAUUGGGGUAAACCAAUUCUUCAGCAAUGUCCAGAUGGACUUCAUUUUAAUCCAUCUUUACAAGUAUGUGAUUGGCCGGCAAAUGCUGGUUGUGAAGUAAACGGUGGCGGUAGUACAACGCCGAAUGGAAAUGGAGAAGAAACUUCAACACCAAAUGGAAAUAUAGAAGAAACCACAACAUCAUCUGGAAAUGGAGAACAAACUACAACACCGGCUGGAAAUGGAGGCGAAACCACAACAUCAGCUGGAAAUGGAGGUGGUGAAAGUUGCAACGGUAUUGAUUGCACAACGGAAUCAGUUACAACACCGAUUGGGGGUGGUGGAAGUACCGGAGGAUGGGAUGGUGUUUGUCCAGAAGAAAAUGGAGAGAACGUAGUAUUAUUACCUCAUGAAACAGACUGCAACAAAUUUUACAAAUGUGAUUGGGGUAAACCAAUUCUUCAGCAAUGUCCAGAUGGGCUUCAUUUUAAUCCAUCUUUACAAGUAUGUGAUUGGCCAGCAGAAGCGGGAUGUGAAGGAAACGGUGGCGGUAUUACAACACCGAAUGGAAAUGGAGAAGAAACUACUACAUCUAAUGGAAACGGAGGAGAAAAUACAACACCGCCAGGAAAUGGAGGCGGUGAAGGUUGCAACAGUGGUGACUGUACAACAGAAAAAAAUACAACACCGAUUGAUGGUGGUGGAAGCACUGGAGGAUGGAAUGGUAUAUGUCCAGAAAAAAACGGUGAAGAUCUAGUUCUUCUCCCACACGAAACCGAUUGCACCAAAUUCUAUAAGUGCGAUUGGGGAACACCAGUUCUUUAUAACUGCACCGAUGGUCUCCAUUUCAAUCCAGUUUUAGGAAUUUGUGAUAGACCCGAAGAUGCUGGCUGUUCAGAAAACAGUGGAGGAGGCACAACACCUGGAGGAAAUGGAGGUGGAGAAAACUGCAAUGGAAUCGAUUGCACAACAGAAAAGGUUACGACUCCUGGUAAUGGUGGAGAAGCACCGGCGGAUGGAAUGGUGUGUGUCCAGAAGAAAAUGGUGAAAAUCUAGUCCUUCUCCCACAUGAAACUGAUUGCACGAAAUUCUAUAAAUGUGACUGGGGACAACCUAUCCUCCAAAAUUGUAGUGAUGGUCUCCACUUUAAUCCAAU